AUGCUCGCGACCCCCCUGCUCGUUGGGAAGGGUUAUGAACACUGCCCAUGGUGUCUGAAGACGAGAGUGAUCAGGAUGACAUUACAGGUGGUGAACAAAGAAAUUCCCCUGGACUUGGGGACGAUCAGACAUGCGUUGAGAAGGUUGUGGACCCUUGCACUGGAAAAGUCCUCCCAAGUGAGGUGGAGACACUCUGAGACAAGCUUGCCAGAAGCCUAUGAGAAGAACACCAGGAUCGCACUUGGCAAAGGCUCGAGUAGCACAAUUCUCUUGCCGACCUGCGAUGUCAAAACUCGAGGCAAGGACAUUGCAUCAGACCAACUUUCUUCUGUCAUCACCAAUGAUGAGAUGGAACUCGUUUUGGGUCUAUUCGAGAAGUUCAACAAGAAAUACCCUUUCCUUCAUCUUGAUAUUUGUCAGAACAUGAGCCGCUCUUCGCCACGCCCCUAUCCCCAACUUUUUUCGCUCAAGUUUGGAAAUCCAUACCCGACAUAUGCAUUCGUUAUCAGAGGUGCAAACCCGAAGCAACAUCAACAACCACUCUAUUAUUAUACAAUGCUAGUCGACUGUGUCCAUUACGCUUCCAUUAUUUAUUCCCCGGAGCAAAUGCAGGCGCUAAAAGGACUCCGUGUAUUACUUGAGAGUGAUCUCAAGGCUUUAAAAACACUAUGUCCCACCCUUCUGCAGACCGCUAGGCGCAAGCCCGAAGGUCUAACCAACAUCAACAACUACUCAAUUAUUGAAACAUAUUAUACAAUGCUAUGCCCAACUAUACCCCUGCUCUUCCGUUAUUUGUGUAUCAACCGUGCUAACCGACAACCAUGGGAUGUUCUUUCCAUCACUAAGGGUUGCAUUGUAGAGUUUCUCGAAUCCUCUCCCCCAGCUCCAGUGGGAGUCCGUCUAGCAGUGUUGAAGUUCGCUCAACGCGUAAUCUUGGUCCAGACACAGGGUGUUAGCGACCCUCGAUUGCAAAACAAAGUGGACCCAAACAUUUCGCUCAUCCCCUCAGAUCACCCAUUCAUUAAUGCUAUUGCCCUUGAAGCCGAGGGAACACAAUUACUCAUGCUCGUUACGACAAUUCUUCAUAGUUCUUUGGACUCCGACUCAGUAUCCGCCAUCAUCAACUCCUUUGGCACACUCGCAAAGGCCCAUCCACAACUUCUCCAGUUUAUUAUUGAAGCCACCUCCAAAUGGAGUCCCGCUAAGUUAGCUGGUCAAUCCACUAUCAAGAUCCGGAGUGUGGAGAAGUCUAUAUUUAUUCUCCUCAAUUAUCUGUUAAAGUUAGGUGUUGGUCAGGCCUUUACCAUGGAUAUUGCGAGGGCCUUGGAGCGAAUCUCUGAGCGUAUCAAGCAAAUAAUUCAUGCUGAAUAUGGCCAUCAACGGCUGUGGCAGAAGCAGAACGUAGACGAAGAGGGCUGCAUCAACGCCUUUUGCAUCUUGCACCCAAAGCACGUAAAGCUGGAACUCAGCGGUCCUGACACAUCCUCUGCAGUUUCUGCACUUGCCAAUUUCAAUUUUCAGGACUCAUCCACCGAACUAGUUACAGGUUUGAUCAUAGAAAAACUCAGCACUUCUCUGUUCAGGAUGACUGAUGGAAACUCUCGUCGUACAUCAUGCAUAUGA